UCAAACAGCCAUCAGAAGAGAACCAGGCGAGCGGAGGGAUCGCGAUCAUGAGCCGCGUCUGACGGAUCGCCCUGCCGCGUUCCCCCCCGUUCUGUCGCACACAGCAGCCUCGCCCGUUCUCCUCCAUGAAACACUCUCUCUGGAGCGGCGUGAUCAUGAUGAUGUCGAGCAAGAGCGCGGAAUGGCUUCAGGAUGAGCUGGAGUCCGGCGGGGCGCUUCUGCUGCUCGACUGCCGCACACACGAGCUCUUCGAGUCCGCGCACAUCGAGUCCGCCAUCAACCUGGCCAUCCCGGGGCUCAUGCUGAGGAGACUGAAGAAGGGCAACCUGCCCAUCCGAUCCAUCAUCCCCAACAACGAGGACCAGGAGAAGUUCGUGCGGCGCUGUAAGACGGACACGGUUCUGCUGUACGACGAGGCGACCGCGGACUGGCCGGAGAGCGGCACCUCAGGCUCCGUGAUCGGGCUCCUCAUGCACAAGCUCCGCGACGACGGGUGCAACGCCUAUUACCUGGAAGGAGGAUUUAACAAGUUUCAGACGGAGUACCCGGAGCACUGCGAGACGAACUUGGACUGUUCGUGUCCCAGCAGUUCUCCGCCCUCCUCCGUUCUGGGUCUGGGUGGACUCCGGAUCAGCUCCGACUGUUCUGACGGGGAGUCGGACCGCGAGCCGGGCAGCGCCACAGAGUCCGAGGGAAGCCCGAUACCCAGUAACCAGCCAGCGUUCCCAGUCCAGAUCUUACCGUAUCUCUACCUGGGCUGUGCCAAAGACUCCACCAACUUGGACGUUCUGGGCAAGUACAACAUCAAGUACAUCCUGAACGUGACUCCCAACCUGCCCAACAUGUUCGAACACGACGGGGAAUUCAAGUACAAACAGAUUCCCAUCUCGGAUCACUGGAGCCAAAACCUUUCUCAGUUUUUCCCUGAAGCCAUUUCUUUCAUAGAUGAAGCUCGUUCCAAAAAGUGUGGGAUCUUGGUGCACUGCCUGGCGGGCAUCAGCCGCUCGGUCACCGUCACGGUGGCGUAUCUCAUGCAGAAGCUCAACCUGUCGCUCAACGACGCCUACGACUUCGUCAAGCGCAAGAAGUCCAACAUCUCGCCCAACUUCAACUUCAUGGGGCAGCUCCUGGACUUCGAGAGGACGCUGGGCCUCAACAGCCCGUGUGACAACCGAUCGACCAAUGACCAGCUGUUCUUCACCACGCCGACCAAUCACAACCUGUUCCAGCUGGACCCGCUGGAGUCCACAUGAGCCGGCGGGGCCGUGGGUCGGCGGGGGAGCCACUCGACGGAUGAUUCUGCCACUCGACGAGUGUUUCUGCCACUCGAUGGAUGAUUAUCUCCGGUGUCGGGAGUUUAGAGCCGGGGUUCGGCACACGGGCCCUCGGGGGCCCUCCGCUCCGGUGGAUCUCAGUGCAGCUUUUCUUGCCUUUAUGGAACAGACUGUUCUUCUCUUGUCCCGGUUUGACACCGAGCAGACGCUCAGCGCUUCGCUCACAGGAGGAAGUGUACGUGCCUCGAAGCCUGGCGGCGUGCCGGCUGGGGUUCCUGUUUUCUGCCCGGAAGGGAGUGUAUUGGGGAAUUUUCUCCAAGCUCAGACCCAAGUGGCAUCAGAGGUGCACAAUACAUUCAGUUUCUACAUCUUUGUAUAUUUCCUCGCAGACGUUGUUCAAAGUCGUGACAGAACCAACACAAACAGACAUUGUGAGUCGACAUCCCCCUCUUUAUUUCCCCUCGCUCUACGUUUGCAGUGACCUAAUGCGUUUUGCACAGUGGUGAAGCCUUUCACUUCUUGGCACUUAAAAGCGGUACUCCAACACACACACACACACACACACAUUGAGCGUUCCUGCCAGUCCUAGGCUGCGACGAGGACGACACACACUUAAAGCUCAUUGUUCAUUAAACCGCUAACCACAGAUUGGCGUUUGUGUGUGAGACACGAGUCUACGAGGCCUUGGUGAUUCUCAUUACAGUAUGAAUAUAUUGUAUUAAUUUCUGAAGUAUGUAUUCACUCGAUGUGUUGUGCAUGCGAUCCUCUCG